GGUAACUAUCAGGAAGAAAUGAAAUGUUUCUGGGCCUAAAAAUCCUACUGGAACUCGGCAUAUUAACUGGUUUCAUUGCAGUCAGUGUCGGCACAAGUCAAAAUGAAAGCUCAGGAGGUUCUUGUCCGCAGUUUGAGUAACUGAGGGGAAGGGAUGGGAGAGAUGGGUGAGAGGGAGGAAAGGGAGAAAAGGGAGAUCCAGGAAUACUGCCAGUUGGAGGAGCUGUCUACACUCGCUGGGGAAACAUAACCAGGGAGUAGAAAUGAAGAUGGGCAAAAUUUUCCACGGCUUUGCCUACUUCGUGUGCAUUGGAGGGGGAGUUUAACAAAACUCUUUGUUUGCAAUGUUUGGCUUGUAUUACUUUGAAAAAUCACCCUCUGUGCAUAUUACAGCUUACACCACAGAGCGACUCGUGUGUGAUUUCUGGAUGAAGGUAAACUAAGCAAACGUAUUCACAAACUGAGUAUAAAGAGAAGUUUGCUGGCUGUAUAACUAGCUAUGGUGGAGCUAGAAAACGAUCUCGAUGCGAAUAAGUAAAGUACUAUCAUCUUCCAUUAUCUUCAUAGUCUGUUGUGCAGUUACUGAAGAAAGUGCUUAGGAAUAAAUGUCCUACUGUUGUAUAUUGCUAUGUUUAUCCUCAAAGUUAUUGGUAGAAAGUAUUGCGGCAUUGCAGUGUGGCAGUAAACAGAGCCACGCCGGCAAGAUAGGGUGACUAUGACUACAUUGCAUGAGGGUGAGACAACAAGCAUUGCGUGAGAUUAACCAAACUCUCGGCUUCCGCUCUGAAGUCACAAACUGUAAACACAGUACUAGAGAUACAAGAUCUUAUGGCACACUCCUAACUAAGCAUCUUGGGGGAGAAGUCGAGGGUAUAAAAACCUGUCGUAGAGCUCUCUUCUGCAAGAACUAUAGCCAAAGAGUAUCACCGAAGUAUCACUGGGAGAAGAAAAUGUUUGUGGCACUGAAAAACCUUCUGCCACUUGGCAUACUGGCAGCAAUCAUAUGUGUCAAUGACUGUACAGGCCAUGAUGAAGGCUCAGGUUCUUGUCCGCAGUUUGAGCUACUGAGGGGAAGGGACGGGAGAGAUGGGAGAGAUGGAGCAAAGGGAGAAAAGGGAGAGGUCGGGGGUAUUGGUCUCCUUGGACCCCAGGGAGAGAUGGGGGCUCCUGGUAUUCAGGGGCCAAUUGGAAUAUCUGGUCCCCGGGGGGCAGUGGGGGAGAGAGGUGAGAGGGGAGAGAUGGGGGAGAAGGGAAUGAGGGGAGACCCUGGGCUAAGAGGUCGUCAGGGAGAACAGGGAGCCCAAGGUCUGCCAGUUGGAGGAGCUGUCUACACUCGCUGGGGAAACACCACCUGUCCGACCGGCCAGGGAACACAGCUGGUUUACUCUGGAAGAGCUGGGGGGACAAGAUAUGACCACAAUGGAGGGGCAGCCAACCAUCUCUGCAUGCCAGAUGAUCCUGACUAUCUCCAGUACAUCAGUGGAGUGACUAACAAGAAUUUCGUGGCUCCGGUCGAGUAUUAUUUCGCUACAAUGCCAUCUCUGUCUCAGUCCAACCACCACAAUGUCCCCUGUGCAGUGUGCUACGUAGCCACCAGAGGCAGUGUACUGAUGGUUCCUGCCAAGACCCAGUGUCAUGCAGGCUGGACCAGAGAGUACUAUGGUUACCUCAUGUCCAACCAUUAUAACAAUGGUGGUCGUACAAUGUAUGAGUGUGUUGACAAAGACCCUGAGUCAGUUCCUGGACUGAAUGCUGAGAGUAACCCAAGGUCCUUCUUUGACGUGAAUGAGAUAUACUGCAAUGGAUUCUCCUGCCCUCCUUAUGAUGCAGAGAAAGAACUGACGUGUGCUGUUUGCACUCGUUGAAACAAACACUAUACUUCAACAAAGGCAAUGUAGUUUAACAAACGUUGUAUGUAGAAUGUAUUAUAUUUAUGUAUGUAUGCCUUAUACUUUGAUCGAUAUGUGUAGAAAAUAAACUCAUUGCAUAAAGUUGGUGGUGGUGUUUGAUAAAGCAAUACUGGCAUGGAACUCACAAAAUUUAGAUGUAUAGUGUGA